AUGUUGCAUGCUGGGAUUCUCAUGAUGUUGACUGCCUGGCAGUGGACAUUGCAAACCCAGUGCUCUGAAGCAGAUUGUCUAACAGUGUGGAUUCGGUAUGGAAUGAAACUCGUCAUGAGUUCAGAGAUUUCGGCUCCCGCGUCAAAGCUCGUCCUGUGGCGACGUCGCAGUGCAAUCUCUCGCUGUGUUGUAAUGGCUUGCAGACAGUACGCAGAUGUUCAUGUGGUCAACGAGUGGGCAGGACGGGAACAGGAGAUUGGUUUCUCGUUGCCUGGCUGCCAGAUGUGUUUUGGGAGUGUAGAUAGGCAUGACAGCUGA